CGGAUGUGUAGGAUAUGUAGGACAUACACAGGAAGAACGACACAGAUUGCAGUCGAGCAUUGAAACCAGCCUGCAUGUGAAUCAUCAUGGAUUUCUUGACAACAGACAUAAAAGGGAGCACGUUGAAUGUCACUACCACUGCAGAACCAACCAUACCCUUGAUCUACACCAGUCAAACAGAUGCUACAAUCAUCGCCUCUUUGGGGAUCACCAUAGGAAUACUUGGUAUGAUAGGUAACUUAUUGGUGCUCCUGGCCGUCUCUCUCUCCAAGGACCUCCAGAACUCCACAAAUGUUUUUGUGGUGAGUCUCUCUAUAUCUGAUUUCAUCUCAUCUGUCUCUCUGCCAUUCCAAGGCAUAUCAGUGCUCUCUGAGUCUGGAUGGCCUUUUGGGAAAGGGAUGUGUGAUCUGCUGGGAACGAUAUUCAUCUGGUCUAACCCAACCAGCAUCCUGACUUUAACUGCAAUUGCAGUCAACCGUUACAUUAUCAUCACCAAGGGUAAGAGAGUACAACAGAAGAUCUACACACACCGUGGAAAUGCCUUCAUGGUAGCACUUGUGUGGCUGUUUCCGUUCCUAGUUCUGGUGAUGCCUCAGCUGAUUCCCGCAACGGGUGGGAUAGUGUAUGCUCCCAACUUCAGAUCCUGUAUGUGGGAUUUGGAACAUCCUUUAGCUAUCGUCUUUCAAAGUAUAGCCUCGAUCAUCUUUACUGGUUGUACCUUCAUCAUAUUCUUCUGCUACAUUGCAAUCUACCGUUUUGUCCGGGGACAUGUCAUCAACACACGCAGCAGGCUGAGAGAAUCCAAUGACAACCUGGCAAUCAAUGGCAGAACCAACCAGCAGUCAUCGCGAAAGGGCCCAAGCGUCAAACAGAUCAAUAUCACCAAAAAUUUGGCUCUUGUUGUGGUAGUCUUCUUCAUCUGUGUUUUGCCUUUCGCACUGAAUCUGUAUUCACCACACCUUGGAUUACACACAGCCUAUCUAGCCGGUCUUGUGCUUCUCCCUAACUGUUUGAACCCUAUGAUUUACGCAGCGCGUCAUCCCUGCUUCAAGGUCGUCUUCAGAAGCAUGUUUACAUGCAGGUUUCACAAUAUUCCUCAUCCAUCGGAAUGGCUCAAAGCCCUUCUUCACGACGCAGGUUCAGUGAACAGAACAACACAAUCAAGCUCUACAGUUUGA